AUGCCACCAUCCGGAGCCUUGGCUCCCGAAGCACGGCAUGUGCUCGUGCACAAGCUGCGCGAGCCAGUCGAGGCGCCAAGUGUGUCCACAAGACCCACGGCACCUGGGCCUACUGAUCCCUUCGAAGGGGCCCAAACGCCUCGCCGAGUGCCACGUACUUUCUCUAGCGACGCUUUACCACGGAAGCGCAUCCUGACGCAGCGCCAUCUCGAUCACUUUUCAACGACAACGGCUUUUGCUGAGAUUCUAGGUAUGAUACGCACAUGCAACGAAGCAAUUAAGGGGAAGAAGCUUAACGAAAAUGUUGAGGAAAGUGUGCCCAUCAAAGCCGUCUUGCACAUCGUAGCACAGGUCCGGACUUUAGUGGACGAAACACCUCGCGACACAGAAUCCGCACAAAACUCGCGCUUCGGCAACCCAGCUUUUCGCGAAUUGUAUAAAAAGAUUGUUGAACACGUUGAUACUUGGAUGCAAUCACUACCAGGUCUCGAACACGACGCACGAGCGCGUCAAGAGCUGGCCGUCUACUUUAAUGAGGCUUGGGGCAAUGCCAAGCGCAUAGAUUAUGGCAGUGGUAUGGAGCUCAAUUUUCUGUGCUGGCUUCUUUGCCUUGUCAAGCUUGGUGUACUCGACCUGGACCGCGAUGCUACGUCACUUGUGCUCCGUGUGUUCUGGAGCUACAUCGAGACGAUGCGCGUUGUCCAGGCAACCUAUUGGCUCGAGCCGGCCGGCAGCCAUGGUGUGUGGGGUCUUGAUGACUAUCAAUUCUUACCCUUUCUCUGGGGCGCUGGCCAGCUUGUAGACCACCCGUACUUACGCCCCAAGUCGAUCCACGAUAGGGAAAUCGUCGACGAAUGUGCUCCUGCUUACAUGUACUUUGCUUGUAUCCAAGCCAUCAAUGCCGUCAAGACUGAAUCUCUGCGCUGGCACUCACCCAUGCUCGACGACAUCUCUGGCGUGCGUACUUGGAACAAGGUGAAUCAAGGCAUGAUUAAGAUGUAUCGCGCCGAGGUACUCUUGAAACUGCCGAUUGCACAGCACAUUUUUUUUGGUGAGCUUAUCCAAUUCGGUCAUAUGGACGAUGAUGAUGCCUUGGAUGUGGAAGAAGACGAGCACGGCCAUCGAUUCUCUACCCAUGAGCAUCAUGGCCAUUACCACGGUCAGGGACAAGCAGCUGGAUGGGGCGAUUGCUGUGGUAUACCAAUCCCUAGCGUGUUUGCUGCCGCUGAACAAAAGCAGGCACAGGACCGGAUACCUGUUCGCCGAAUUCCAUUUGAUUGA